AUGUCUCCUCCAAUCUCCCCGCAGCCCUCCGAGACCCGCCCGCGGGCUGGGACCGCCAUGAGCUUUUCUUCCCAGCGUUCCCGUCGAAGUAACUCUUCCGCCGGCAAGAUCGACUUGACGGAGACUUCGCGGGACAAAAAGAGGUUGAAUACGAAGGCCGAUCCCUCAAAAGCCAUAACUGAGGCCACUCCAGUGGAACAAGCACAAGAAGAAUCGACAGUCGACGAUUUGCGGAGAAUGUUGCACAAGGACACGGAGGGCAAUGUCAUUACCGACCCUGAUCGUUCGAACCCUACCCGUCAUCGCCUGGAGCGUCCUCUUGACACCAUUCGCGCAUUCAACGCUGCUGCUGAGGGAACCACCUCACGUCGUGCAUCCAUGAAUAGCAGACCAGUUUCUCAGGUCGGCUGGAAUGCAGACAUGAACCGCAGGGCCAGCUAUUACUCCAACAAUGGCUAUUCUCCGCAACGGCCACGAAUGACCCCGGGUGGUGGCUACUACCGUAAUUCAUCCUACGGAUUUGGUCCUCAGAGCGCCGUCGAAGAAUCUCCAGGAUCGUCUCAAAUGUUUGCUAGACCACCUGUGCGUCAACAAACCUACCCAUAUCCUGGAGCCCAGAAUGGCUACCCGAAUGGUCAUCAAAACGGAUACCAGAACGGAGAGAGUCCCAUGUCUUUCCACUCGUACCACCAGUCGUACGAGACAAUGACCUCGGGCUCAGAAGAGUAUGGCAAAUCCACCAACCCCAGCUCGCAGAACAGCUCUUUUGACCAGCUCCACCAACUCCGCUCCAAGCCCGAAGAUCUCGCUCCUGAGAACCCAUAUGCGAACGAGAUCAAAUUCAACCAGGUCAAUCCGACGAAGCCCCUCACACCGUAUGCAUUUGGUGAUGGUCCUUACGGCCACGAAGCCUCUCUUCCAGCAGUCCCAACCAAAGGGUUCGCUCUUCCGGCAGCAAACAAUCCCCGACAACCUAUCUCGCUUAACACCUCUCCAACAAGCAUGACCUCGCCCGGCAACACCACUCCACCCAAAAAGCAAAGCUGGAUCAAACGGAGGUUCAGCAGACGAGAGAAUUGA